AUUUCCUUUCUUUAGUUGAGAUAUGUCACUACAGUGCAUUACUACUGUGGUAUAUUUUUAACGACAGUGUCAUUGCUGUCAACGGUGUUGUCAAUCUGAUAAACGUGUUGCAUUCAAGGCUAAAAAAUUUCUCUUAUCUGUUAGUCGUUCAUAAUUUUUCGUGGGGCCAACGGGAAAAUGUAAUGUAAAACAAAUCAACGUCACCGGAAAAAGAAUACGAAAAAGACCAAGAGUGCAAAGUUAGGCUAACGCCGAAGACUUUGGAUUCUAGACUUCCAAUACAACAAAAUGUCGCGGGAAUCCUCCCCAAACGUACUUUUAUUUGCAGCACUUGAUGAUUGGAAUGAUUUAGAAAAAGAAUAUGUGCAGUUAGACGAAGAACACAAGAAGUACUGUGACUUGCUGUCACAGUUAAGUGCAGCCCAGAAAAAAUGUAUCACCCAAAUAGCUCAUCACAGAUACAGAAUGAAAUGUAUAGGAGACAACAUUGCCAGGGCAACAAAAAACUCACCUGGGGAAGAAGAGAAGAGACAAGCAGCCGACCUCAAGGUCAAGCUGACGGAGAGGAAAAUCAAUUUCCAUGAAAUGGAGGAGAACCUACCUCAUAAGAACAGUCUUUAUCUACGAAUUAUUCUUGGUCAAGUUAACGUCUCUUUACUUACAAAAGAAGCAAAGUUUAUUUACAAAAAAGACUAUGAAACCUUCAAGUUGACUGUCAGUUACAUCAUCCUCGCCCUGACUUUUGUUGCAGCUUUUGCCGUCAGCUCCAGAUGGUGUGAUGCUGCCCUCAACUUUCUACUGGUCUGGUACUACUGCACUCUAACUAUCAGAGAGAGUAUCUUGAGGGUCAAUGGUUCUAGAAUCAAAGGCUGGUGGGUAACCCAUCAUUUUGUCUCAACAGUUUGUGCUGCUAUAAGUCUUAUCUGGCCCGAUGGCUUCACAUAUUCACAGUUUCGAUAUCAACAUAUUCUUUUUGUUAUGUAUAUCAGUUUUGUCUAUGUACUACAGUACUACUAUCAAAGUGGUUGUUUGUACAGGCUGCGCUCACUGGGAGAAAGUCAUGAGAUGGACAUCACUGUUGAGGGCUUCAUGUCUUGGAUGUGGAAGGGCCUCUCAUUUCUACUGCCCUUCUUGUUUGUUGGUUAUUUUUUCCAGCUGUACAAUGCUUAUUGUUUGUUUGUGUUAGCUUAUCACCCAAGGUGCACAGAGUGGCAGGUGCUAGCUUUGUGUGCUAUCCACUUCUUCCUGUUUGUGGGCAACACUGUGACCACCAGUAUGGUAGUGGUCAACAAAAUCAAGGCCGAUGGUUUCCAGAUCCCCAUCCUCAAAAACAAGUACAAGUUCAAAUUUGGCAUUGGGAAUUUCCUGAGCCAGGGUCAUGGCCAUGCAGAGUAAACAGUGUGUUCAUAUAUGGGAUGGACUAACAUCUGCUUUCAAGGAUUUGUUCAUCAUUUGGCUUAUUGAAACAGAAGAGCAUAUAGUAGUACACAUAGAAUGUACAAAAAUGUCUGCAAGUAUUAAUUGGGUUUGAUAGUUGUACAAUUGUUAUGAAUGUGACUAUAAAUAGUGAGCAUGCUUGAAACAUGAAUGUUUGUAGUUAAUUGAAAUUUUUAUUAUAAAUUUUGUAUUCAUUAUUAUCAAGAAAUAUAACAAAAAUUUACUACUGAUUAAAAUGGGGUUGUUUUGUUUUUUUUUUUUUUUUUUUUUUUUGCCAAGCUGAGAAUUCAGCUAAACUGUAUGUACAUUUGUAGACUUCUAAAUUUGUAACAGUCAUAAGGUAACAAAUUUGUUAUGCCUCCUUGCUAUGGAGAUUUGUUAACGUAUAAAGAAAACUACAAACUAAUAAAAUUUCUGAUUAGUUAAAUUACCAGUUAGAGCUCUAUACGACAUACAUUUACUAACUUGAUUAAAUAUUUUAAACCAUAUGGUCUCAUACCUUGUAACAUACAUGAUAACUACUAGAAGAGUAUAUCUUUAGUUGAAUGCUAACUUGUUCACUGAAGCUUUAUGUACAUUAAAUUUGAAAACAUUACUUGUAAUGUUUAAAGUGAUUCUGGAGAUCUAUUCAACGAAUUGUCACCCAUUUUUAAAAAUGAGCAUUUCAAACUGAUGAUGACAGAAUCUUUCUCCAAACUGGUCAGCAUUUAGUGAGGCUUGUCAGGUAAUUGUUUGACUACAACAGAGCUGGUGUUUUUAUUCUCGUGUCUAUAGUAUUAUCAAUGUUAUGUUUCUGUUUCCUGUGCUACCACUCCAAUAGGUAUUUAUUACUGUGUGAAUGUGUAGGCUGAUGAUGGUAGCAGUGGGAUUUUUUGUUUUCUAAAUGUUGGUGCUUAAAUUAACACAGCGUACAUGUCUAAAGCAACCUUUGUUCAAACAAUAAGUUUUUUGUUGUGUAAAUUCACUCGCUGAUAAAGCAAGUAAAACUUUUAAUGCUACAUGAUGUCCAAGAUGUAACAUUUUCAGUGUUACACUGUGAUGUAACAUUUUUCAGUGUUACACAAGGUUGUACAGUGGAGCUAAAUGUUUUUUGGGUCUUUAUACUUCAAAUAAUUUAUUUUUCUGUUUGUAACGCAAAUAUUUCAACAAAUUCUUAGCGUUUCUCUUUCUUAUUUGUUACAUAUCGCUCAAGUAAAAAACUUAUUCCAAUAUUAAAUUUUUUUUUUUUUUUUGUAAGCUUGGCAAUUAUUUCUAACAUAUAUCAACUUUGUAGCCUAUACAUUUCAUGAAAAGUAUGUUAAAUAAUUUGAUGUGUUGUUAGCUUUAUUUAGUCAUGUUUAACUCGUAGAAAGCACAUUUUACCUACACUAACCACUAGUAUCAUGUACCAGUAAAUAAACUGUAGCUUGCUAGAAUUUGUCACAUUUGUAAGUUUGAUUACAAUCAUCUUUCAGCCUCUGUUUUGUUAUUCACCAGGAUUUAGCAUCUUGCAAUGAUAUCUUUUUCACUAAAAGGACUUAGCUCAUGCUAAUGGCCAGAUGUUUUUAUUUUUUGAGCAGUUAUUCCCCUUAUGAGCACUUUUUAUAUUUAGAAAAAUUUGACCAUAUAAAUGUUUCUGUUAGUGUUGACUGUUGAAGUAUCUACCCAACAUCAUGUGUUCCAAGCCAAAAUUCUAGCCUGUGGUGGUAUACAGGGAUUGGGCAUUGCUCUAGAACUGACAGAACUCUGAGAAUAUUUGGAAUGUUUUUUAAAUCAUUCUGUUUUGUUAAAAACUAUUUUAACUUGAUUGUUGUCAAAAAAUAAAUAAAUAAAUCAGUUAUUUUAAA